CUAGCAGUAAAUUUCGGAACACAGCAUCUGUCGACUUUAAGCAUCCAAGGCGAAUUGCAUUCAUAAUCGAUAAGUCAUAGUAAAUUUUAAGCAAAUUCGUGAUAUUUGUUAGCAUAAAAAUAAGCCGAUCAGUGUUUAGUAUAUAAAUACACAGGUCAAAAUGCCUGCACAAGAAGUGGCAGUGCCGCAAUCGGCAACCACCGAGACUGAAGAGAACAACGGUCCUUCUUCACAGCCGAUAGUAGGCAUUAUUUAUCCACCUCCUGAGGUUAGGAACAUUGUUGAUAAAACCGCCAGCUUUGUGGCUAGGAAUGGACCAGAGUUUGAGUCAAGAAUCAGACAGAAUGAACUGGGCAAUCCCAAGUUCAAUUUUUUAAACUUUGGGGAUCCCUAUCAUGCUUACUAUCAGCAUAAAGUAAAGGAGUUCAAGGAAGGAAAAGGUCAAGAGCCUACAAUAGGAUCAAGUUCAGUUCCUGGGAAAACUGUUAAUCUUAUUGCACAUCAAAAACAGCAAGAAAUCUUGAAACAAGUUGAACAACCAUUUGUGCCCAAAGAUCCGCCAGUUGAAUUUGAAUUUAUCGCAGAUCCCCCUUCAAUAUCAGCCUUAGAUUUAGAUAUUGUAAAGCUCACGGCACAAUUUGUUGCACGUAAUGGAAGACAAUUCUUGACCAAUUUAAUGAAUCGUGAACAAAGAAAUUUCCAGUUUGAUUUCUUGCGUCCUCAACAUUCAUUGUUUCAAUACUUUACUAAACUUUUGGAACAGUAUACUAAGGUAUUAAUUCCACCUAAAGAUUUGUUGCUGCGCCUCAAAGAUGAGGCACUCAAUAUGGAUAAGAUUUUGGAGCAAGUAAAAUACCGGGCUGAAUAUUUAAAAUAUCAAGAAGCACAAAGACGUAAAGAGGAAGAGGAAUUGGAAAGAGAGAGGGUUGCUUAUGCACAAAUUGAUUGGCAUGAUUUUGUCGUGGUUGAGACAGUCGAUUACCAACAAUUUGAAGUCGGCAAUUUUCCAGCACCAACUACACCAGAUGAAGUUGGUGCUCGUGUUCUUAUGCAGGAACGUAUAGAAGAGGGUGAGGAUGUGGAAAUGCAAAUCGAUAGUGAUGCAGAAGACGAAACGCAGAUGCGCACAGAAGGCGAAAAAGAUCGUGCAAAAGAUAAUAACCAAGUACAAGAUAUGGAGGAAGACUCUAGUGAAGAAGACGAUGUUUCUCCACCGGGUGAUACUCAUAAAUCUAAAGAAUCAAAACCACGUGAAACAAAUAUGCAGCCUCCUCCAUUGCCGCCUACACCAGGAAAUGUGGUGGUCAAAAAGGGAUAUGAUCCGAAACAACAUGCGACUAAAACUGCUCGUCCUGCGGCUCCGGAUGAAUAUCUAAUCUCGCCGAUUACUGGCGAACGUAUUCCUGCUAGUAAAGUGCAAGAACAUAUGCGUAUCGGUCUAUUAGACCCACGUUGGGUUGAACAGAGAGACAAACAUUUAGAUAAAUUGGCACAGGAAACCGUAUUUGCACCAGGAACUGCAAUCGAAGCUAGUCUCAAGCAACUCGCUGAGAGGCGUACUGAUAUAUUUGGUAUUGGUGAUGAGGAAACAGCAAUUGGUAAAAAGAUCGGUGAAGAAGACAAAAAGAAAGAUGACAAAGUUACAUGGGAUGGUCACACUUCGAGCGUGGAAGCUGCCACAAGAGCUGCGCGUGCCAAUAUCACGUUGGAGGAGCAAAUUCAUCAAAUACAUAAGGUCAAAGGUCUUCUUCCUGAUGAGGAGAAGGAAAAGAUCGGUCCAAAACCAGUAAAUCGUGCAGCUGAGCUUACUCAUAUGGCUGCUGUUGCUUCAAAACCGCAAGCUACACUGAAAGCACCUCCGAAACCACCGGCACCGAAGCCUAUAUCAGUACCUGCUCAACCGCCUCCACCACCUACCAUGAGUAUGCCCACUAUGGGAAUACCUCAACCAAUGAUGCCGCAGGCGCCGAUGAUGAUGAUGGCACCUAUGCCGCCUAUGGCACCCAGACCACCACCGUUGAUGACUCCGGCGAUGUCACCAUUUAUGCCGACACCACCGCCAAUACAGCCACCAAUGCCAGCUGCUAUUGGGUUGAAACAUCCUGCUGGUAAACCAGAAGAAGAACCACAAGCUAAAAAACUAAGAACCGAGGAUUCAUUAAUUCCAGAACAACAAUUUCUCGCUAGAAAUAAGGGUACUGUACAACUUAACAUUGCUGUUCCAAUGAUGACGGAGAAAGCUGAAUGGAAGUUAAACGGACAAACGUUGAAUAUUACUUUACAAGUAAGCGAUACAGUCGCAACUAUGAAAGCGCUUAUCCAUGAGCAAACUGGUAUGCCACCUGGAAAACAAAAAUUGCAAUACGAGGGAAUGUUCUUUAAAGAUAGCAAUACUCUUGCAUAUUAUAAUUUAACUUCAGGUAAUGUCAUCAAUUUAUUACCAAAGGAAAGAGGUGGUAGAAAGAAGUAAAUAAAAGAAUAAUAAAAUUAAAAUAAUCCAUUAAAAUAAUCACUACAAUAUUAUUGUAAUGUUCUAUUAAUAUUCCGAUAAUCUUGUUCAUUUAUUAACCAGUUUAAAAGAAGACAAUAGAUAUUUGAUAAUUUAAAAUA